AUGACGGUCAUUCCGUUUCCGGUUCACUGGGGUCCUUGUAGCGCGGAUUACAGAGGCUGUGCACACGGAAAAUACAAAACGUGUUUUUCUUCGUUUGUUGUCACAAAAACAUAGUCUUCAGCAUGUCUGGCCGGGAAGGAGGUAAAAAGAAGCCACUGAAGGCGCCCAAGAAACAGAACAAGGAUUUGGACGACGAUGAAGUGGCCUUCAAGCAGAAGCAGAAGGAGGAACAGAAGGCCUUGGAUGCGAUGAAGGCCAGAGCUUCAGGAAAAGGACCUCUAGCUUGCAAUGGCAUCAAGAAAUCUGGAAAGAAGUGAAUCCAGACGGGGUCUGUCUGCUCCCCGAACUCAUUUCCCUGCGUCUACCUAGUGAAAAAUUAAGUUUUGCUCUGUUUAACACGAACCUGCCGAAGUCCAAACCUACAUGUGCUGCUUGGCUGUUCGGCUCCGCCGCUACACUUUAAAUGAAUUUAAACAUUUUCAAGAGGACACACAGACCCCUGACAGCUUUUAAUUGGAGGAUUUACACUGCUGUGCUUGAUACUGAGAUCACUUUUAGUCCUAAACAUUGACCAAAGCCAGUAUUGACAGGCAUGAAGCCACUAUAUCAAACACACAAAUCACCCCCAGGCCUCUGUUCUUCUUUCCUCACUUCUGUUGUAUUGUAAAGAGGGAGAUAUCAAUAAAGUUUCUUUUGCAAUUACU